ACCCCUUCACAUUGUUCUCUCCUCUUUCGUACUAUACACUCUUGAAACAUUUGUCUCUUCCAAACUACUGAAGCAAAUAUGGCCGACAUUAUUCUUGGUCCUCUUGUGGAUGUCACAAUAUCCAAGGUGAUUUCAGUUACCACCGAGCAACUCAACUUAGCAGUGGGAUUCAAGCAGGAGCUCAAGAAGUUCCGUGUGGUGCUGAGCAUGGUAAGGGGCGUGCUGCAAGAUGCUGAGGAGAAGAAGGUGACGGGUCACUCUGAUCUGCAACCUUGGCUUCAGGAGCUGGGAAAUAUAGUUGAUGAAGCUGACAAUGUGGUAGAUGAGAUUGCAUAUGAACAUCUAAGGUACAAGGUGGCUCAAAAACAAAUGUGGAAAAAGGUCAGCUGUUUCUUUACUCUUUCUAAUCCUUUAGCUUUUCGCCGUAAGAUAGCUAAGAGGAUUAAGUAUUUGAGUUUAGAUCUAGCUAGCCUUAAUGAUUGGGCCACUGGACUAGGGCUUCAACAUAGACUUGCAAACAAGCUUCCUGAACAUGUAGAAAUCCAACAAACAAACUCCUCACUUGAUGAUCCAUCGAAGAUUGUAGGAAGAGAAAAUAAAGUCCUAGAAGUAGUUCAGUCGUUGAUUGAUUCAAGUAAUGAUCAACCUCUCCCUGUUGUAUCCAUAGUUGGUAUGGGAGGCAUAGGCAAAACUACUAUGGCAAAACUAGUGUACAACAAUGAGCUGAUAGAGAAACAUUUUUACAAAAAAAUGUGGGUUUGUGUUUCUGAAAAUUUUGAUGAGAAAAAAAUAUUAGCAAUGAUGCUGAAACCUCUCAUCACUAAUGAGAAUGAUCAUGUGGAUUUUGAAAAUCAAGAAGCUGUAGUUCAGAAACUCAAAAAAAUGCUUCAGGAGAAAAACUCUUUUGAAGAGAUUGAGGAGAAAAACUAUCUCCUCAUUCUAGAUGAUGUAUGGAAUGAAGAAAAGCCAAAAUGGGAUAACUUAAGAAAUUGUUUGUUGGGAAUAGGCAAAAGGGGUGGGAGUAGGGUUCUUGUCACAACUAGAAAUGAGAAAGUAGCUUCCAUAAUGGGAACCAAGAACAUGCAUAGUCUUGCCAAGCUAGAAAAGGAGGAUUGUUGGUCUAUUAUCAGGCUUAAAGCAUUUGGCAACUCUCCUAAUUCUUCGAAAUUGGAGGAAUUGGAGAGUAUUGGAAGGAACAUUGCUGAGAAAUGUAAAGGUGUGGCAUUAGUUGCAAAUGUUGUAGGGGGGACAUUGUGUAAUAAUAUAAACAAAGAAUAUUGGACGUCAAUUAGAGAUGAUAAGGAAGUAUGGGAUUCAAUAGAAAAGGCUGAUGGAGUUUUGUGUGUAUUACAAUUAAGUUUUGAUCGGUUGCCAAUACCUGCUUUAAAACAAUGUUUUGCUUUUUGCUCUAUUUUCCCCAAAGACUUUGUCAUGGAAAAGGAGAUGUUAAUCCAGCUCUGGAUGGGUGAAGGAUAUCUUCAACCGUCUGGAAAAAGCUACAAGAAGAUGGAAGAUAUUGGAUAUCUUCAACCGUUUAGAAAAAGCUACAAGGAGAUGGAAGAUAUUGGUGGUAAGUAUUUCAAUGACUUGUUCUCAUACUCCUUAUUUCAAGAUGCAGUAAAAGACUCUUCUGGCAAUAUUAUUUCUUGCAAAAUGCAUGAUUUAAUACAUGAUCUAGCACAAUCUGUUUCAGAGUCUCAAACGUUGAUUUGGGAUCGUAGUAGUAGUAGUGAUACUCCUGCAGACAUUCAGCAUUUGGAGGAUGGUAGUAGUAGUGAUAGUUCUGGAGACAUUCGGCAUUUGAAUCUCAUUUCUGAGGAGGGUAUGCCAAAAAUGGAACUUCGGGAACUGCGUACCUUGUUUUCACGAGUUGAUGUUUCUCAAAACAAGCUUGAAAACUUUAUAAAGGUGCGAGUUCUCAGUUUCCGUGGUGCCAGUAUUGAUGAGUUGCCAGCUUUUUUGGGGAAAAUGAAGCAUUUAAGGUUUUUGGAUGUUUCAGAAACUAAAAUCAAAGAACUUCCCAAAUUCAUCACUAAGCUCUAUCAUUUGCAGACAUUUAGAUUUAUGAAUUGUGGGGAAAUCAAGAGGCCUUUGAAAGGAAUAUGGGAUUUAGUCAAUUUGAGACACAUUUAUUUCAAUGAUGAAAAGCUUAUGCCAGCUGGGAUUGGUGGAUUAACUUGUUUGAAAACAUUACAAUUAUUUGCUGUGGGCCAACAGAAGGGACAUCAAAUUGAAGAAUUGGGAUGUUUAAGCCAACUCCGGGGAAAAUUAGAGAUUCGUAAUUUGCAUAUGGUUAGAGACAAAGAAGAAGCCAUGGGAGCAAGACUUUCUGAAAAGGGUACAAUUCAGGAGUUGCAGUUGCAGUUUGGUGGGGAGUCUAAUCUUAGUGAAGAUAGAUGCAAACAAGAUAAAGAUAUCUUGAAAGGCCUCCAACCUCACUCAAAUUUGAAAGGCCUAACUAUUGAACGCUACUGUGGGAAAAGCUGUCCUUCAUGGAUAUUAGAAACAAAAAAUUUUCUCAAAAAUCUGAUGUUCAUGACCUUUUUUGCAUGUCCCUGGUUGGAUAGCAUUCCAUCAUUGUCACUCAGCAAGGAGGCAAAGGUGGAAAUUAAUUAUUGCAAGAAUUUGAAAAGCAUUGCAGAUUCGUCCCUUCAGAAACUCAUCAUUAAGGAAUGUGAAGAAUUGGUUGGGGUAGAGGUUGGACAAGCUGCCAUGAAGUCUCUCAAAGAAGUACAUAUAGAGAUUUGUGGUAAAUUGGAAAAUCUUCCGAUGAUUAGUAAAUUACAAUCCCUUGAGGUACUUGAACUUCAGCAAUGCACGGAAUUGAAGAUGAUUGGAGAUGAUGUCCCAUUUACCUCCACGUGUCUACAAGAGUUAAAUAUUCAGUAUUGUGAUAGCCUGAUGUCCAUGCCCAGUGUAGAUGGGCUGUCCUCUCUUCAAAAAAUUGAAAUAGGCGGGUGUGGGCAAUUGAAAAGCAUAGGAGAGGAUUUAUCUACUGCCACGUGUCUCAAAGAGUUAACUAUAUGGCAGUGCGAUGGUUUGAUGUCCUUUCCGAACCUCCAUGGGCUGUCCUCUCUUCAAAAAAUUGAAAUAGGCGGGAGUGGGCAAUUGAAAAGCAUAGGAGGGGAUUUAUCUACUGCCAAGUGUCUCAAAGAGUUGACUGUAAGGUACGGCUAUGGUUUGACAUCCUUUCCGAACCUCCAUGGGCUGUCCUCUCUUCAAAAAAUUCAUAUAUACAACUGUGGGCAAUUGAAAAGCAUAGGAGAGGAUUUAUCUACUGUCACGUGUCUCAAAGAGUUGACCGUAGAGAAGUGUGAUGGUUUGAUGUCCUUUCCGAACCUCCAUGGGCUGUCCUCUCUUCAAAAAAUUGAAAUACACGAGUGUAGGCAAUUGAAAAGCAUAGGAGAGGAUUUAUCUACUGCCACGUGUCUCAAAGAGUUGACUGUAUGGGAGUGCAAUGGUUUGAUGUCCUUUCCGAACCUCCAUGGGCUUUCAUCUCUUCAGACUUUAUUGAUAGUGGGUUGUGGUGGAUUAAGAAGUUUGCCAAGUGGGUUGCCAUCAUGCACUGCUCUUGAGAAAUUGCAUAUCUACUACUGUCAUAAUCUAAUCUCUAUUCCAGAUGAUUUGAGGAGGAGCUGGAGCACCCCUAACCCUGCCUGCCUUGCUCGCUUGAAGGAGCUGACUAUUGGUGGUUUCUCAACAGAGCUCAAGGAAUUUCCAGAUCUGGGCUUCAUCGGAUCUCAUCUUGAAGAAUUGACUUUGAUUGCAUGGGGAGAACCAAGAGAACGUCUGCUGGAUCAAAUUCAACACCUAACUGCCCUUGAGUCUCUCAAAAUAAGGUAUUUUGAUGGACUGGAAGCUCUGCCAAAUUGGUUUGAAAACUUAUCCUCUCUUCGAACUCUGGAGAUUCGCAACUGCGAAUCUUUGAAACAUAUGGAAGCCAUCCGAUGCCUCUCCAAAUUAGAACGCCUUCUUAUUUAUAGAUGCCCUGAGUUAACGGAAAGAUGCACCAGAGGAAGUCGUUCCGAGUGGGACUUCAUCUCUCACAUUCCAAAUAUCAAAAUAGACUACGAAGAGAUCCAACGCAAUGGAGCUCCCAUUGAGAUUCCUAGUUUGCUGCAUCAGGAUGAUGAUAAUGGGCAGCAAGAUGAUGAUAGUGAGCAGCAGGUUGAUGAUAAUGAGCAGCAAGAUGAUGAUAGUGUGCAGCAGAUUGAUGAUAAUGAGCAGCAAGAUGAUGAUAGUGAGCUGCAGGUUGAUGAUAAUGAGCAGCAAGAUGAUGAUAAUCAGCAGCAAGAUGAUGAUAAAAGGCACUGUCAUCAAGAGAAAUUAAGAAUGAUUCUGGUUUUAAUCUCUUGGAGGUGCUCAAUUUCAGUCAGCUGGGAGAAUGACAGGAUGUUGAUCAGUCUAUUAUACCUUGAGUCUCUUUCUGUUGAGUUGUCGUCGCUAAGCAGUACCUCAGACUCCAGGGACAUCUCAACCCAUAGUGACUCUAACUCCUUGAAGCAACCCAGUGAUGAUAGGCAAGUCUCCAAAGUGAAGAAGUCAUCCAGACCAAUCAAUGCAAAGUGGAAGAUGCAUAAAUAUUUAAGGCGAUCAAGUGCCAUGCUCUGUCAAAUUAGUUUGCUUAACUAACAGACAUGAAAUAUGGAAGGCCGAGUUAAACUUGCUAAUGCUGUCUUGAAUUUUGCUUGCAAUAAUGGAUGUAUUUGCUAUUGAGUCCAAAAGAGCGUUGUGAGAUUGGGUGUAUUGGGAAGCUUCUAUCGAAGCUAGGAUAGAGAUUCUAGCAAUUGUAUCCAUUUCUUUACAUGGUAAAUUUCUACUCGGCUCUUCCAGUGAAAUUUUGUAGUUGUUCUUUUACUGUUCUUCACCAGAAAAAUUUAUCUUCAAUGGAUAAAGAUUGUGAUGUUCC